CUUUGUUUUAGAGAGUUCAUAGCCAAGGAUUUACCAGUGUUUACUUACGACGAGAAGGGAGACCUGAUUACUGAUUAUCCAUAUAUUCAAGCGGAUUGUUACUACGAAGGGUUUGUGGAAGACGUCCCAGGAUCUGUAGUUUCUCUCAGCACCUGCUCUGGACUCAGUGGACUCCUGAAAGUUGAAGAUAGAAACUAUGAUAUUCAACCUAUUGAGGACUCGUCAUCCUUUCAACACCUCAUUUUUCAAGUCGCAGCUGAUGAGGACUCACCCGAUCGCUGUGGAGUAACUGGUGAUUUCCUGGAAAAUCAAGCAGCUGAAGAGAGAGAACUUCCUACAAACGAGAGCCGGAAAUAUGUUCCUCGUUACCACACCUUGUAUGGACACACCAGAUACCUAGAGUUCUUCCUUACUUCAGACAAACUGGUGUAUAAAAGGCUUGAGGAAAACGAAACCAAGGUGUUAAACUCAAUGCUCCUUUUGACCAGCAUACUGAACACGAUGUACACGUCACUUAAUCUGCGCAUUGUUCUGGUUGGAACUGAGAUAUGGACAGACGUGGACCAAAUCACAGUCACUCAUUUACUGGACCACGCUUUUCACUUUUUCGCUCCAUGGGCUAGACGGUUCCUUAAACCCCGCAUAUACUUUGACCAUGCGCAAUUACUCCUAGGCAGACACUAUCGAGGCACGCUAGGACUGGCAACACAGGGAACCGUAUGCAACACAGACGCCUCAACAUCUAUUAUUAGGUUCAGCAAUAAUGAGAACGUAUAUAAUGCAGCUGGUUCUGCUCAUGAGCUUGGCCACGCUCUCAUUUUUGGACAUGAUGAUGAAGCCGGCAAUGUAGCCAGAUUCUGCCGAUGCCCUGGCUGCAAAGAAAGAUGCAUUAUGAGAUCAAAACUCUCAGAGUGCACAGAGUUCAGUAACUGCUCUGCUGCUGACUUCUAUGACAGGUUGAUGAUGGGAAAAUUAAAUUGUCUACUUAACAUGCCACCUGUAGCUACACUCACAUAUAAUCAGUGUGGGAAUGGUCUCUUGGAAGAAGACGAAGAAUGCGAUUGUGGUAGAGAUAAGGUAUGCCGUGACAAUGGCUGUUGCCAGUCCAAUUGUACGCUUGCGCCAGGGCUCACUUGUGUGUCAGGACAUUGCUGCACAAAAUGCCAGUUUGAUCUUGCAGGAAAGUUGUGUAGAGAUAUCGGUGAUGAGUGUGAUCUGCCAGAAUAUUGCAGCGGCGCGUCACAUCUGUGCCCAGAGGACGUGUUUAGACAAGACGGAAGUGCGUGUGGGAAAAGUGACAUCUGCUUCCAAGGGAAAUGCAAUAACCAUGACAGACAGUGCAAAGCUAUAUUUGGUGAAGGCAAGAUAUCUUAAUCUUUUCCUUCAACCACUUUUUUUCACAAUUCAUACGCUUUCUUGUGUGGAAUUAGCAACCUCCCAUUGCCAGGGUGCAUGGCGCUCAUGCAUGAGCCCACUCCUGCUGGAAGCCAGGUCCAGAAAUAAUGGGCAGAAGCUUUCUAAUUUCCAGUCAAAGUAUAUUCCUGGUUCAUUGAUACCUGUGUGCUCUUCUGCCAACAUGAUAUUUUGGCUUAAAAACCUCCGAUUCCUUGCUGUUUAUCCCCCUCCGUCUUUGUAGCAUAAGCCAACGUGUUUUCCCGUUAAGACAGUUCCGGACAAACCUGUCACGCAGGUGAUGUACGGGGCGGU